AUGAACAAUAGUUCAUUUAGCCAGAGCUCAAAAGGGAAUCAGAGACAAUACCUCUGUGCCGUGUGUGAUAAACCAUUCACCACAAGAAGUAAUCUAACAGUCCACCGGAGGACGCAUACUGGAGAGAAACCGUUCCCGUGUGAUGUGUGUGAAAAGUCGUUCAGUCAAAAGAGUAAUUUGAUGGUACACUGGCGGACACACACAGGAGAAAAACCGUUCCCGUGCGAUGUGUGUGCCAAGUGGUUCAACACUAACUCUGAUCUGACGGUACACCGGCGGAGACACACAGGAGAGAAACCGUUCCCAUGCGAUGUGUGUGACAAGUGGUUCAACACUAACUCUGAGCUGACGGUACACCGGCGGAGACACACAGGAGAGAAACCGUUCCCAUGCGAUGUGUGUGACAAGUGGUUCAACACUAACUCUGAGCUGACGGUACACCGGCGGACACACACUGGAGAGAAAUCGUUCCCGUGCGAUGUGUGUGACAAGUGGUUCAAAACUAGCAAUCAUCUAACGGUACACCGGCGGACGCACACUGGAGAGAAACCGUUCCCAUGCGAUGUGUGUGACAAGUGGUUCAAAACUAGCAAUCAUCUGACGGUACACCGGCGGACGCACACUGGAGAGAAACCGUUCCCAUGCGAUGUGUGUGACAAGUGGUUCAACACUAGCGAUCAUCUGACGGUACACCGGCGGACGCACACUGGAGAGAAACCGUUCCCAUGCGAUGUGUGUGGCAAGAGGUUCAGUCAAAAGAGUAAUUUUAUGGUACACCGGCGGACACACACAGGAGAAAAACCGUUCCCGUGCGAUGUGUGUAACAAGUGGUUCAAAACUAGCAAUCAUCUGACGGUACACCGGCGGACGCACACUGGAGAGAAACCGUUCCCAUGCGAUGUGUGUGACAAGUGGUUCAACACUAACUCUGAGCUGAUGGUACACCGGCGGACACACACAGGAGAAAAACCGUUCCCGUGCGAUGUGUGUGAAAAGUCGUUCAGUCAAAAGAGUAAUUUGAUGGUACACCGGCGGACACACACUGGAGAGAAACCGUUCCCAUGCGAUGUGUGUGACAAGUGGUUCAACACUAACUCUGAGCUGACUGUACACCGGCGGACACACACAGGAGAAAAACCGUUCCCGUGCGAUGUGUGUAACAAGUGGUUCAAAACUAGCAAUCAUCUGACGGUACACCGGCGGACACACAUAGAAGAGAAACCGUUCCAGUGCGAUGUGUGUGACAAGUGGUUCAGUCAAAAGAGUAUUUUGUUGGUACACCGGAGGACGCACACGGGAGAGAAACCAAUCCCAUGUGACAUGUGUGACAAGUAGUUCAACACCAACUCUGAGCUGACGGUUCACCGGAGAACACAUACGGACAACAUAAAAAUAAAUCAAAAUAUGUGCGGAAAACCAGCAUAAAAAUAAAUAUUCUUGGCGGUCCAGUUAUUUAUCACCUCCACUGGCCGGAUCGGUUCCGCGGGUCCCCUUCUGCCGUCCUCUGUGGUGGAGGUUAAUAAUGUAUAAUAUAAUUAUAUUGUAUGUUUAAUGAUAAUUAUUAAUUCAUAAUACAGUAAAUAGAUAUUUUUGGAUUUGUAGAUGAUGGUGAAUUGUAGCUGGUUGUGGUAAAUAUCUAGGUAAGAAAAAAGUAUUUGCGCCAUAGCUGUUGUGUCAUCGUUGACUUCCCGAAAUCAUUAUCUGUAAUAAUAAUGACAUAAUAAUAUAUUUAUUUUAAAGUUUGUUUAGGCCAUAUAGUCUGCGUCUUGCUGCUUUCACCAAUCCAGUCCAGCCCCUCGUUAAUAAAAUAU